AUGCAGGUUGUCGCUGUUGCUGUCUGCGCUCUCGUGGCCACUGCCUCUGCUGGCGGAUAUGGCGGAUAUGGCGGAUAUGGAGGAGGCUUAGGCGGCGGCUACGGAGGUGGUGGAUUUGGACUUGGUGGAUUCGGAGGCGGUCUUGGCGGAGGCUACGGAGGCGGUGUUGGCCUGGGAAGCAGCGUUGUUUUGCUCGGUGGUGGCGGCGGAGGCGGACUCGUGAAAUCAAUUGCCGGGCCAGCGUUCCUGGUCAGAAGUGUGCACCACGUCCACAAGCUUCAUGGAGGAGGUGCUGUGCUAGCUCACACUGGCUUGGGCGGUGGCUACGGUGGUGGCUUCGGAGGAGGUGGCUUCGGAGGAGGUGGCUUCGGAGGCGGCUUCGGUGGUCUCGGAGGCGGAUAUGGAGGAGGAUAUGGCGUUGGAGUCAACGGAGUUGGAUUAGGAAGCAGCGUUGUUCUUCUCAACGGAGGUGGCGGUGCUGGACUGUCGAAAGUAGUGGCCGGACCAGCCUUCCUGGUCAGGAGCGUCCACCACGUUAAUAAAGUUAGCAGUGGAGGUGCUGUCGUAGCACACACUGGUUUUGGAGGCGCAUACAGGGGCGGAUUUGCAGGCUUCGGUCCUGGUGGCUACGGCCUUGGAGGUUAUGGCCCUGGCGGCUACGGCCUUGGUGGCUAUGGUCUUGGUGGCUACGGUCUUGGUGGUUACGGUCUUGGUGGUUACGGUUUUGGAGGCUACGGGCUUGGUGGCUACGGGCUUGGUGGCUAUGGAUUUGGUGACUACAAGGGUUGA